GGCGGGACGAAGGGUGCGUAACUCUUUGUCCCCCUUCCAAGAUGGCUGCAUCCGUAGUGCGGCGCUUGUGUCUUCUGGUGGCUGGUCGAGGCCUGCAGCUCCGGGGAGGCUGCACCUGCAACCAGAGCCCAAGGAGGAGUUUCGCUACGGAGAGAAGAGACCGGAACCUCCUGUACGAGCACGCGCGCGAAGGCUACAGCGCGCUCCCUCAGCUAGACAUGGAGCCGUUGUGCGCAUACCCGGAAGAGGCCGCGCGCGCCCUGGAGCACCGGAAGGGGGAGCUACGGGCAGAAGAUCUGCCCGCUAUCAUCUCUACGUGGCAGGAGCUGAGGCAGCUGCGGGAGCAGAUCCGGAGCCUGGAGGAGGAGAAGGGGGCUGUGACUGAGGCAGUGCGGGCCUUGCUGGUGAAUCAGGACAACAGUCAAGUGGAGCAGGUACAGCUGGAUCUAGGUGCUAGCUUCAUAUUUGGUUCUUCUUAUUCCCAGACCAGCUUUCUCCCAUUGGGAGAAGGGCAGCUCACGCUCCUGUACCCCAAGGAGGCCCAGCUUGAGGAGCAGUUCUACCUGCGGGCGCUGAGGCUGCCCAACCAAACCCACCCAGAUGUGCCCGUCGGGGAUGAGAGCCAGGCCCGAGUGCUCCAUGUAGUCGGAGACAAGCCAGCUUUCUCUUUCCAACCCCGGGGCCACCUGGAAAUAGCCGAGAAACUCGACAUCAUCCGUCAGAAGCGUCUGUCCCAUGUGUCUGGCCACCGCUCCUAUUACCUGCGAGGGGCUGGGGCCCUCCUGCAGCACGGCCUGGUCAACUUCACACUCAACAAGCUCAUCCUCCGGGGCUUCACCCCCAUGACAGUGCCAGACCUUCUGCGAGGAGCCGUGUUUGAAGGCUGUGGGAUGACACCAAAUGCCAACCCAUCCCAAAUUUAUAACAUCGACCCCUCCCGCUUUGAGGACCUCAACCUGGCUGGGACAGCAGAAGUAGGGCUUGCAGGCUACUUCAUGGACCACUCUGUGGCCUUCAGGGACCUGCCAAUCAGGAUGGUCUGUUCUAGUACCUGCUACCGGGCGGAAACAGACACAGGGAAGGAGCCGUGGGGGCUGUAUCGAGUGCACCACUUCACCAAGGUGGAGAUGUUUGGGGUGACAGGCCCUGGGCUGGAGCAGAGCUCACAGCUGCUGGAGGAGUUCCUGUCCCUUCAGAUGGAGAUAUUGACAGAGCUGGGCUUGCACUUCCGGGUCCUGGACAUGCCCACUCAGGAACUGGGCCUGCCCGCCUACCGCAAGUUCGACAUUGAGGCCUGGAUGCCAGGCCGUGGCCGCUUUGGCGAGGUCACCAGUGCUUCCAACUGCACAGACUUCCAGAGCCGCCGUCUCCACAUCAUGUUCCAGACGGAGGCUGGGGAGCUGCAGUUCGCCCACACGGUGAAUGCCACGGCCUGUGCUGUCCCCCGCGUCCUCAUCGCGCUCCUGGAGAGCAAUCAGCAAAAGGACGGCUCGGUGCUCGUGCCCCCUGCCCUCCAGCCCUACCUCGGCACCGAUCAGAUCACGACCCCCACCCACGUGCCUCUCCAGUAUAUCGGCCCCAACCAGCCCCAGAAGCCCAGGCUCCCGGGCCAUCCUGCCUCCCGCUGAGGACUCAUCCUCAUUGACCACCAGGGUUGUCGCUGCUUCCUGGAGUUUGGGGGCCCCUGGACCCCAGGGUCCACCUCUUCUACUUCCCUUCUUCCCCAGGAUCAGUCAGACUCUUGUCGUUGGGGGUCCCAGCCUGCACUAGGAUACAGGAUGUCUGGGGACUCAGAAGUUCUAGGGAUGGGGGAAAAAGAGGGAGAGGAGGCCUCCAUUCCUCCUUCCUUCUUCUCUCCCUCAGAGAAAGGCCCCAAUAAACGGUCAGAACAAA